AUCAUGUCUUAUGAUGAUUGAUGUACUUACAAGUUACUUGUUACUUACUUACUAAAAAAAAUUUGUCAAAUUUAAGUCAAUAAAUUAUUUGUAUUAAUUUUCAAGUUGCAAUACGCUUGUAAACAUUAAAUAGGUUUCGGAAAGAAAUUAAUCUAAAAUGACUGAAUAUCAAAAGGUUCGAGUGUCAAAAUUAAUUUUGAAAAACGAAAAAGUAAAGAAAAAGAAAAAGAAAGACAAGUCCAAAAAAAUAGACCAAAAAGUCAAUAUGGAAGAAAAUCAAGAUAAAAUUAACCACGGUAAUUGGGCGGAAGCUAAAUUAGUAAGUGAAAUUUCUGGACCCGUAGCUCUUGAGUUUGGCUGUCAAACAUAUGUAACGGCAAUGGAUAACGGUUUAUUUACGCUCGGUCCACCUCAUAAUGAAGGAGACGGACCACUCCCUGAAGAAAUAUUGACUGCUAUUUCUAUAAGCGAAACCAAAAUAGCUUUUAAAUCUGGUUACGGAAAAUAUUUGGGAGUCGAUAAGGACGGCACUAUAGUCGGCAGAUCCGACGCUAUUGGACCAUUAGAACAGUUUGAACCCAUUUUCGAAGAUAACAAAUUGGCUAUAUUGGCUUCGACCGGAUGUUUUAUUAGAAUCAGAGACGAAGAUGACUCAUUAGUUGCAAUGAGUCGCACUGCUGGUACAAGCGAAAUUGUCAAAGUUCGAUUAAAUGCUCCGGAGAGUGCCGAAGUUGAGGUUGAUAAGUUGGAUGAGAAAAAAGGCAACAUUAAAGAUAUAGAAAAAAAUUACGUAAAAAUGUUUCAAAAGUUUCAAGACAAAAAAAUGCGCAUGAUUGAAGGUAAACAGAGUCAAUUGAAAAAAGCACAAAAAGAAGGAAAAUUACACGAAUCGCUGUUAGAUCGAAGAGCCAAAACUAAAGCUGACAGAUAUUGUAAAUAACCAAAUUUGUUAACUAAAAAUACGACAACAGUGUUCAAGAAAAUGUUCAAGAACAUUUUUUUUUCGAUUGUUUUUAUACAUUUAGUAUGUAAAUGAAUGUUUUUUUCUUGUUUGUUGACAACUUGAAUGACGUUUAUAAAAUUUGUAUUUUUAAAUUAAUAGCAAAUGUCGCAUAUUCAACUUUUUUUUUUUUUGAACAUCGAGUAAAAAUAGUUUAUAGGAAGUGCUCGUACUUAUGAUUACUGUGAAAAUUAUAAUUUUGAUAAAAAUCCCGAAAAUGUUUGUUGUGUUGCAUUUUAAAGACAUUUUCUGGUCAUCCUUUCAUGUCCGAUGUGUUGUUUGUCAUCUGCAGUUUAUAUGAAAACAACUGGAUAUUGCACAUUCUCGAUAAGUAUGACAUAGCGGUUAGUUUUUCAAGGGAAUUAUCUACUAAAAAAUUUCUUACAUUUUAAUGCAGUUAUAAGAAGAAAAAAAAAAGGUAUAAGUAAUUGUUGUUAAAUAUUUAAAAAUUGAAUAUCGAAUAAUGUCUCUUUAUGGAUGGUUUUGCUCUAAGUCAGCAAGUGAUACUGUUGGAACUGCAAUAAAUGGUAACAUAUUUUAAUGUUC